AAGAAGUGCUGCAUAUUCCGACAAGUUAAGGCCUACCGAUGAAAAAGAACAAGCAAGAAAUGCCAAACAAAGCAAAAAAGGAGAAGACACCUGCAAAAACAACGACGACGGGCAAGACGGGUGCCAAAGACAAUUCAGAGACCACGGAAAAUGAGAAAAAGAAGACGACACCAGCCGCAGGACCAAACCAUGCAACCACAGAGAAUCAUCCACCUCAAACACAACUCACAAAAAUUAAGUACACAGGACCCCCUCAUGUGAAAAAGGACAAGAGGCAAAGCUCAUCUAGGUUUAAUAUAAGUAAAAACAGAGAAUUACAGAAGCUACCAUUACUGAAAGAUGCCACGCCAGGUGAACGUGAGGACCUGUUUGUCCAGAAGAUUCGGCAAUGUUGUGUUAUGUUCGACUUUGUACAAGACCCGCUUAGUGAUUUGAAAUGGAAGGAGGUGAAAAGAGCGGCGUUAAACGAGAUGGUGGAUUUCGUCACAUCCAACAGAGGGGUGGUAACAGAAGCGAUCUACCCCGAAGCCAUUCACAUGUUUAGCUCGAAUCUUUUCCGAACACUUCCACCAUCAUCGAAUCCCAGUGGUGCUGAGUUUGACCCGGAAGAGGAUGAACCAACUCUAGAAGCUGCGUGGCCACACCUCCAGCUCGUUUAUGAGUUCUUCCUACGGUUUUUAGAGUCGCCAGACUUUCAACCCAAUACAGCCAAAAGAUAUAUAGACCAAAAGUUUGUACUACAGCUUUUAGAACUGUUCGACAGUGAAGAUCCAAGAGAAAGAGACUUCUUAAAAACUAUAUUACACAGGAUAUAUGGGAAAUUUCUCGGGUUGCGGGCGUAUAUUAGGAAACAGAUCAACAACAUAUUCUAUAGUCUGUUGGAUCAACCAGAAAAAAAAUGGUUUAUAUAUGAAACGGAACAUCAUAAUGGAGUAGCAGAAUUAUUAGAAAUUUUGGGAAGUAUAAUCAAUGGUUUCGCAUUGCCGUUGAAAGAAGAGCACAAGGUGUUCUUACUGCGAGUACUUCUCCCUCUACAUAAAGUCAAGUCACUCAGUGUCUAUCAUCCUCAGUUAGCGUAUUGUGUUGUACAGUUCCUCGAGAAGGACCCCACACUAACAGAACAGGUAAUAAAGGGUUUACUAAAGUUCUGGCCGAAGGUCCAUAGUCCAAAGGAAGUGAUGUUUCUGAAUGAGUUAGAGGAGAUUUUAGAUGUGAUAGAACCUGCAGAGUUUGCCAAGGUCAAGGAGGCUCUCUUCAGGCAGCUAGCCAAGUGUGUGUCCAGUCCUCAUUUCCAGGUUGCAGAACGAACUCUCUACUUCUGGAAUAAUGAAUACAUAUUGAGCUUGAUUGGUGAACAUGCGACAGUCAUUGUACCAAUCGUGUUUCCUGCACUCUACAAAGCCAAAAGCCAUUGGAACAAGACCAUCCACGGGUUGAUUUAUAAUGCAUUGAAGUUGUUCAUGGAAAUGAAUCAGAAAUUGUUCGAUGAAUGCUCACAGAAGUACAAUUCAGAUCGAAAGAAGGAGAAAGAAAAGAUGAAGGAUCGGGACGAUGCCUGGACGAAAGUAGUGAAUAUGGCCAAGGGUAGCCCACAGUACAAGGUUGUUGCGGCACAGCAGCAAUCGAUGAACAAUGAGCCAAGUAUAGACGCGUGGCUAAACCUCGAUGACGAUGAGGUCGUAGACACUUCAUUAUCUAAGCUGGAAAGCGAAGCCAAAGAGAUGCAAGAUCGUAAAAAAGUUAACAAGACGCAGCAGACGAACCGGAACAAAGAGAAGCCUCUGUUACGCCGCAAGUCUGAGUUGCCACAUGACGCGCACACGAUCAGAGCUAUUGAGAGUCACAAGCGAAGUGAGGAAUAUUUGACUACCUCAAGAGAAAACAACUGAGAUUGUUUAAAUCGGGGGAGUGGCCGUCCGUCUGGGGGAUAUCUGGGCGUCGUGAUGAUCGACAUUGUGGAUUGACUGGCUGAUCAUAGCCACAACGUAUGCUCACACCUCCUGCAUUUCCCACUGAUGUGUAUAAACAACAUUCUGGGACCAGUCGAAACGCUUUGACACAUUUCAACAGACUGAUGACGAUUUUCGUUUGAAUUUAAUUGAAAAAAAAUCCUUAAUAUUUGAUUUCUCAAUAAUGUUAUUUGUACGGAUAUUCAAUGGAGGUGCUUCUUGGUUAACAAUCUUAUCUUAUUUGUGGUGUGCUCAAUUCAUGAAGUUUUAUCUAAGUUUUCUAACAAUUAUUGAAAUCUUUCCUCUUAAAGUGGGCUAAGCAUGUUAAAGAAGUCACAGUACUCUUUUCCAUGAAAUCUUAAUAAUACGGUUACUUCAAAUAACUGACCUUUCCCAAAAAAUGUAAAGCAAGAAAUUUAUGUUUUGUGUGGGGACAUACUUUAUACAGACAACUGUGUCAAUUUGCUUCUUGUCAGAAAAUUGUUGUCAGUUUGUGUAUAAACCUGGCCAGAACUGAGAUAAUUGGAAAAAGAAGUGGAAAAAUUCCAUGUUGGGUAGCUACGUGGUGUUUUAAAAUGAUCAGUCAUGCUUCAAAGUGGGUACCAGCAGAUGGAUUGAUCAGGCUAACAUUUUCCAUCAAAAUGAGUCCAAUAUCUUACCUGUCAUUCUCGGCUUUUACUCAAAAUAAUUUUCCAAUUUUCUCAGUUCUGAAAGGGUUUAUAAAGCGGUCAACUUGUGAGCUUGGCUCCCAUGGGGUAGACCCGCCCAAAAUAACUCCUGCUUGUCAUGCUAACCUAUAACUAGAGGGAUCACAUGUCAUAUUGUUCUUGUGUUACCCGGCUGUUGUCAGUUGUUUUGUAUUGAUCACACUGCGUGUAAAGUUUUACCUUGCCCCAAUCUUGGUCAUAUUGUGCACCGUUGUCAAGUUGCUAUUAAUAUGAGCUGGAAUGAUACACUCACGAUGCAACUGUGGCAAUAUUUCACUCGUGAUGUCAGUGACAAAUCUCCUGCCGAGGCGUCACAAUUUGACCAAGAUUUUGUUUGAAUGUUCUGAUGAUUUGUUACUGCUGCUGAGACGGCUUUGUAUUUGGUUUUGGCUCCUGCUAGUACUAGUCAUUGUUUAACAUGUGUCCGCCAUGUUGACUGUCGGUUACCUGGUAGGCGGGCUCGGACUGCUAGAAAAUACAUAAUGCUAUCUGAUCUAUUUCACCAUUUCAUAACUUCAUAAGUGGCUAAUGGAAAGAUUUGGUUUGCGUAUCAUGAUUUGGAUUGAAUUCAGUAUCCCUUUGUUGUAAUUUUUUGUCGACACAGUCUGUAAUUAUUAACAAAAAGUUGGCGAAGGCCAAGGGCUUCAUGUAUGGUAAGAAAAAAAGGACUUUUUUUCUGUCCCGUCUGAAUUUUGAGUUACCCCUUAUGUUACCGAUCCACAACUUUCCUCUGAAGAUUCAAAAUCAAGGUUUCAUUCAUCUUUGUAUCUCUAUCAGUCUAUUCUUCAGUAGUUUUAUCUUCCUUUCCAAACUUUAAAAGCAAAAAAUAUAUGAAAAGACGUUCUAUGAGUCCUAAAAAAGUGUAAGAGCUUUCAAAUUAUGUUACAUGUACAUUUAUGUCUUGCUUAAAUCAUGAAAUUUAAAGAUAAUUUUUUAGUAAAAAUCUGUAAAAAUAAUUCCUGAGCUCAAAUGAUGUGCGGUAGGUGAUACGUAAUUAUGGCAUACUUCAAGAUUCAUGCUCUGGCCUGGUAGUCAUUAAUCAUGAUUCAAUAUCUUGAUUCUACAAUUCGUCAGUCUCCUCACUUGUACACAAAUCAUGAUCAUAAUAAACCCUGAUUCUGGGUGAAUAUGCUACAAUUUGUGCUGUGCGUGAAGAUGCUGUGUUCAGUUUAGAUUGGAGACUGGCUUCACUCGCAAAUGUGAUGAAAGAAGCGAUAUCCAAAUCUGGAUAUCAACUAAUUUCAUCUCAUGAUGAUUAAAAUAACCUCAGUUUUGAAUGGAGAUGAUCGAAUUGGUCUCUUGUUAUGAGUGGAGAUCAGCUUCAAACAUUUCAUAAGGUAUGGGGCAACACUAUCGAAUGGAUUGCCUUUCGGUUUUGUGAUGUAUAAAGCCGCCUUCAAUCUAGAUUGUAAUUCAGCAGCCUAAGACGUGAUGUAUUCUUUGCUAAUACAUUACGUGAUGUAUUCUGUAAAUAGUAUAGAGUCCUGUACUGUUUGGCGCAGGAGUGUGAGGGGUGGUUCACAGCAAUGAUUCACACUGUUACAUAGUAUGUAUAGUUUAGUUGUCUCGAAGUGUUGUGGGCCACCCAUCAGUUGUACAUUUUAUAAAUAAAUCUGAUGAAAAUUUGAAACGAAAUUGACAGAAUUGGCUACUCGCAUGCAGGCUGUAAUUGAUGUGUGGUUCAGUUACGGCAACGAUUUUAUCAUGUCCUCAUCGCCACAAUAUUUUCAGCCAUUUACACAAUCAUUGAUGUUAUGUAAUAUGUAUCUAUUUAUUAACACGACUCUCUGUUCAGCCCUGUGUAUCAAUUGUAUUGAUGAAAAAAAAGCAAAUAUGUGAACAGUGGAGUACAAGAUCUGUUAAAAGCUAUGAUUAAUAAAAAUAAUUUGUGGGGAUAAUGAUGAUGAUCCUAAUACUAUUGUAAGACUUGUUUACAUGUGGUUUCGAUAUAUUAUUUUAUCUUUGAAUAAAACUACUAAUUUUCUUUGUAGCAUUUGUAUUAUAUUGAAGCAAUAAGUUGUAAUAUAGUUUUCUUUCACUGUGUAGUGGAGAAGUGUGGGGGUGCCCCUGGACCUUGGCCAUGGACAUGCUCCCGGUUGUUUUACACCCAGUAAUCUGGCAACUUCUCGACAGUGCGAUUUCCUAUCGUCAUGUUCAGUGUGACUCUGUUUUUCCACAGGUAUUCAGCAAAAUAAAACUUUGGGGGACAAGGUGGUUGUCAUCUGCCAAAUUCAGUCAAAGCGUCUGGAAUUAUGUGUUUCUGAUGCUGCAUACUAAUAUGAUGGUUAGUUUGACUGGUCGUCAGCUCUCUUGGUGUACGAAAUGGGUAUAAAAUUUGCAUAUUGAGGGGUGCAUGUAAAAAAAAACCCAGGUCACUUCUAAUGCUGGUGAGGUUUCCUUUAGCUCAUUUUGUGAUUCUCAGGGGUCUAGGGCAUUCUUAUGAACAAAUUUAGAAGUGUUUAAGGAGGUUGCAUAAGGAGAGUUGUGUACAUAAUUCAUUUGUUUCAACCUGCGGUUAAAACUCCCAUUUGACUUCAUUUUCACCUUGCCUAUCAUGGGACUAGGUAAACAGUCUAAAAAUUGUUAAUAAUGACUCGCUAGAGGAAACUUGGGUGAACGUUUUCCCUCCCCAGGUUUGAGGCCAACACAACCUUAAGUGACUUAUCAAAUUGUAAAUGAUAGUAGAGGAUGAUAUUCAAACCAAGAGAAAGUCAUUGCUUCUUGCAGCUAUAGCUAAAAUACUCUAAAAUCUACCCCUGGAGACGAACUUGUAUACCCUUGUGCCCUCUGAGGUUUUAUAGUCAGUGAGUAUUCCACGCAUCCUGGACCCAAUCUCUGGAUUGCACUCAUGUUGUAAAUAUGAUUCAUCAGGAAUUUUCUACAAUAGUCGCUGAUACUGAGCAGUUGUGAUUUGGGUGUCCACUGUUGAAAGAUCCUAAUCAAAUCUUUGCAUGCAUGUUCCCUGUUGGCAUGGUUUCAAAAACUUGUGUCCGCAAAUAGUAUAAAUCCUGAAGAUUUGAGGAGGGUUCUUUUGACUGCUGUCUGUGAUUAUAUGACGCACUUGGUAGGAAUAUAAUUCAGAUAGUGGGUAAUAAAUUGUCAUAAUGUGAUCUAACCUUUACCAUGAAAAUUGCUAGCACCGGGUUGCUGAGAAAUUUAAAAAAUGGUUUGCCAGUUUUAUUUGGGUGAUUCUUCUUCUUCUUCAGCGUUCAACCUGCCUAAGUACUAUAACCUGAUUUGGGUGAUGAUAAUACAGGUAUUUCUUUAUGAUAAAUAAUGGGCAUAAAGGACCUAACUGGGGGAAAAUAUUGUGUGAUUAAAAAAACUAAUUUUGUGAGUGGUUUUCUGAUUGAUUCCUAAGCCAGUGCACUUUACUGCUCAAUGAAAUGUGUGAGAAAGGGAUUCAGGCAGAUUUUGUAUGAAUACAUUCAUGGUAAUUUAUAUGAAUUCAGUAAUUUUCUGAGUGAUUUUGAAAGGAUUAUUUCUGGCCUGGAUAGAACUUCAGCCCAGACAUAUAAUUUUGGUUAAGUUUAUCAGAUAACAACUUGAAAUAGCGUGAGGUUGACGUCAUUGUUAAAAAUGUCGGUUGAAUGUUACCACUGAAAUCGGGCUUGAUACUGGUGGCAUGUAUCAGUUCGGCCUUGAGUUCUCAGGUUCAAGUGAGAUAAGUUUGCUUGAGAAAUCUCUCAGAAAUAUGCAUGCCUUUCUCAAUUCUUGGUGAAUCCAGAGAUUUUGUCCAACCUGUUGUAGAUAGUUAGCUGCUGGUCAGUGGUAUAUAUCAAUAGAGACCUAAUGAGAUGGUCCACUUUUCUGCUUGGCAGCUUGGUGUGUAGUUGACCUACCGCCAGGCUGCCGGUGCCAGUCUUUCGGUCUUCCUCUAGGUUCUCUUGAGAAAGCUGUCCAUAUAGCUUAUUGCACUGCUUCUUCCCUCGCCGCUGAACUUGCUAUCUCAAAAAUCUUCUCCUCUGUGCUGUCGAGUUGUCAUAAUGGAAAACCUAUUUCUUUACUUGGCUAAGGGGCAGAACAGUAAUUAAUCAAUGAAAAAGUAGUACAUGUACUUUGGAAACUUAUACAUUUGCAAAUUAAGGCCUCAUCCUAGUACACAAAUCAGUUAGAUGGUGUUAAUUUUUGAUCAAGUUUGUCCUGAUGACAUGAACGAGGAUGGAUUUUGAGAUAGCUUGAAUGGCAUGAUACACAAUGCAUACCACCACCUUUAAUGGUAUUACAUUGAUUGUUUGUCAGUAAGAUCUUGGGUUUUUUUCUGUUGCAUGUCUUAUUGUUGUCAUGCUGGAGAAAAUUUGAAGGAAAAAAAAUGUAAAAUAAAAUGCAGAUGUCCAUUUACAAA